CCGCUUCAUCGGUACAAUGGGCGAGUGGAUUGACUAUUAACGUUUGUUUGUUUUUGCCUAGGCCCUCCGAUCCGCCUUUGGAACAGUCACCAAAUAAUACUCCGGUUAUGAAAAGAAAUUAAAGAGAAAAAAGUAGAAGACGACUUCAGCUUCCUAGAUAGAGAAAAGUAGCAGAAGAGGUCUCCUUUACGAUUACCAUUUAAUUUUUCUUAUCUUGCAGACCAAUCAUUCGAACAGUCGCCAUGAGUUUCCUGUUUGGCAAGAGGAAAACUCCAGCAGAGCUUCUGAGGGAGAAUAAGCGGAUGCUUGAUAAGUCAAUCCGAGAAAUAGAAAGGGAGAGACAAAGUUUACAAACACAAGAGAAGAAACUGAUUGCAGAGAUAAAGAAAAGUGCAAAGCAAGGGCAGAUGGGAGCUGUUAAAGUGAUGGCAAAGGAUCUUAUCAGGACAAGGCAUCAAGUGGAAAAAUUCUAUAAGCUUAAAUCCCAACUUCAAGGCGUCUCCCUCAGGAUUCAGACUUUGAAAUCAACACAAGCAAUGGGAGAGGCAAUGAAAGGGGUGACCAAGGCAAUGGGGACGAUGAACAGACAGAUGAACUUGCCUGCCCUGCAGAAGAUAAUGCAAGAAUUUGAGAUGCAGAAUGAGAAAAUGGAAAUGGUGAGUGAAGUGAUGGGAGAUGCCAUAGAUGAUGCUUUGGAAGGGGAUGAGGAAGAAGAAGAGACCGAAGAGUUGGUCAACCAGGUCCUUGAUGAAAUUGGAAUUGAUAUGAAUCAAGAGCUCCUCAAUGCACCUUCAUCUGCUGUAGCAGCACCAGCAGCAAAAACUAAGGUUCCCCAAGCUGAAGCUACAGGAACUGAUGACGGAGGAAUAGACAGUGAUCUACAAGCAAGGUUAGACAAUCUGAGGAGGAUGUAGAUAAUAAAAAUAUCUUAAAUUUGAAAUAAACUACCAUGAAAGGAGAGGUUUUCCCUUUUGUUAAAGUGUUCAAUUAAUGGGCUAAAUCAAAGUUUGGGAUUGCUAUACUAACCAAACAAGCAUUCUUGUAAAUGUUUAAUUUAAAGGUGAGUUACCGAAAUCUUUGUUCAUGUCGAAUGAAGUAAACUCUGUUCAUCUGAAAUGAAGUAAUUUGAAUACGCUAAUGUCUAACUAUUUUUUUUCCCUUUCUGUUGAAUCUUU